GUCACACAUUUCUGAGACAGUGUGGCGGACUGUCCACAAGGGGCGAUAGCUGCUCAGACAUCAGCCGCUUGAUGAGGCAGAUCUGCGGCGUGUAUAUCUGCACGGCACCGCUUAUCUAUCCGCUGUGUUUCUGUGUGGGGCGUUCAGCUCAGCGCCAAACGACCAGCUCCAGGAAUGGACUGACUUUCUAGCCUCACCAACACUGACAAAUCCAAAAGGAUAAACAUUCAGAGCCUGGGAACAUUUCAAUUUGAAGUUGGUUUGCCGUGUGAGCGACAACAGAGAUUUGGUGUGUUCCCGGAACAUUCGCGCGAUUUGUUUGUUGCCGUUGGACGAAACGGGAUUCAAGUUAACGAACCCGCAGACAUUUUGUUAUUUCUGAGAAUUAGACCGUUUUUCCAUUCCUACUUUUUCAUCAGUGUAGUCGCAGCUGGCUGAGGAAAACGAGCAGAAAGCUUCGAAGCGGCAGCACAAGGUGGAGGAAGAGAAAUUACACUCGCUAGCUACAUCCCAGACACCACUGUGUGCAUAACGUUAUUAAUUUAUGUGCGUUGAGCUGGCAUCGCUGCCGCUGGUGCGUUAAGGCGGAAAGCUUGCAACAGCGAUGAAUCAUUUUUGACUGACAGCGUUUGAAGAAUUAGCUAGCAUAUCCAGUGAGGAAGCGGCACUGGUGGUGGUUGCCUCUUCUCAGACACAGUAAAUACAGGGUUGGGACAGGUAAAGCUGAGUGGCCUUGCAUCGCCCAGACAAGACACCGACUCAUGUACCUCGCUGACGACACUUAUAUUCAGCUUAAUAUUUUGGGGUUCGUUAGCUGCCGUUAGCUAGUCAUCCUGCUAAGGCUGGACAGCUCCUGGUUAAGGCUGGGCUAGCUUUGGACAAAGGACCAACGCAAGGAAAAAUUUAUAAACACAGGGCACACAGUUAAUCGUGUUUGGGAAGGAGAGCAACAAACAAGGAACUGACAUGAUGUUUCCACAAUCAAGACACUCAGCUUCAUCACAGCAGCUGAAAUUCACAACCUCUGACUCCUGUGACAGAAUCAAGGAUGAGUUCCAGUUCCUCCAAGCACAGUAUCACAGUUUGAAGCUUGAAUGUGACAAGUUGGCCAGUGAGAAGUCAGAGAUGCAGCGCCAUUAUAUCAUGUACUACGAGAUGUCCUACGGGCUGAAUAUUGAGAUGCACAAACAGGCUGAGAUAGUGAAGAGAUUGAACGGGAUCUGCGCACAAGUCCUCCCCUAUCUGUCUCAGGAGCACCAGCAGCAGGUCCUGGCGGCUAUAGAGAGGGCCAAGCAGGUGACCCCACCAGAGAUGAACUCAAUCAUAAGGCAGCUCCAGGCUCACCAGCUGUCUCAGCUCCAGGGCCUAGCCCUACCCAUGACCCCCCUACCGCUGGGCCUGAGCCAGCCAACCCUCCCUGCUGUCACCACCUCCUCCGGCCUCUUCUCUCUCUCCUCCCUGCUGGCCUCCCAAGCCCAGCUGGCCAAGGAGGAGAAGGCAUCACGUGAUGGAGUUGACAGCCACCGUGAAGAGGAUGGAGACAAGUCCGAUUAGAAGGUGUCCCCAUUCAGCUCUGUUUUUAUCCAGAGACCUGAAUCCCAAGAUCCAAGCCCCCUUGGCCUACAGCCUUUCCCUCUCUCUGACCUUAGCUAAUAUGGGCUUCAAUCCCAUCACCACCAUCACUACAACUACCAGACCCCUAACCAGAUCCCAUAAUUGGAAGAGCUUUGGCACUUAUGUCAUACCAGUCCUGAUUUCUUUGUAUUUACCAUAGCUGGAUUGUUUCUUUAUGCUCCCUUCUUUUAUCACCAGAGUAUUCCUCUCUCGUAUAUCUUGCGUCUUUUACUCAAACUAUUCAAACAUUGCCAUUUUUUAAAAAUUAUGAAUAAACUUUAUUUUUUGUCUUUUUUUUUAUCAGGGCUUCUUUAUGUUUGUGUUAUUUCCUGCCUUCCUGUCACUGUCUUUUUGUUGUUAACCAUGUUUAGUUUGUUUUUCUCUCUCUUUUUCUCCAUACCUCUCUUCCUCCCUCUGUCACCCCCAACCUAUUGCCGCUGUUCUUAGUGGGUCCUUGUUAGGCAGGACUGCUCUGAGAGACUGAACGCACCAUACUGUAGGUGAUAAAAACAGGCUAAAUGUUAAACACAGGGAUUAUUUGGCAAGCUGCAAAACUUGUCAGCCAUGACACAAGGUUCUUACAAAUUUCAUUUUGCUGAGAUAAAGGUCUGACAUAAAUCAGUGCUGGUUUUUUUUCUUUCUUUUUUUUUGGCAGUUCAGAUUGCAUGCAUUCAUUCCAAGCUAAAAGUUGGCUGUGAGUUAAAACAGUGGCUUGUUAUGGGUCAGAGUUUAAAUACUGGCCUAAUGAUCACACACUAAAGACAGAAAUGUCCGCCUUGUAUUACUAUGUGAACCUAGUCAUGUCCUAACCAAAACCUGCUGCUUUUAGAGCAGAAGACGUCUCCAGCUGACAAACUAGAGGUUGUGUGUAUAAUCCUAAACUUGUAUGGAGAGACUGAACACACCUUUUUAGAGCAAACUGAGAGCUGUCAGACUAGAUAACAAACCCACCUUAGAAAGCAUCCCCUCCAACUUACAAUCCUUGCCAUCCAACUUACUAUAAGGCCACAUUUUAUUCAUUAGUUAAAUAAAAGCUGAGGCAGCACAGUGUGCAACAAAAAGAAAAGAUGCCACUUGACUCACACAUCCUCCCACCACCUUUUUUAUUUUUAAUGUGCACUUAAUACAGAGCAGACAGGUUGGGGAGAACGUGUGCAUGUUGUGUGUUUGACAGCAGAGGGCAGCCUGUGUCUUUGAAGAAUGCUCCUCACUGCCAAAUAAGGACAGGACAAUGACAGAGUACAGACUGUGUCACAAGGGGAAGGGCUUCUUUACCACUCUUUGUGGACAAGCUUAAUAUACAGAGAUUAGACUGGUGACAUUAAUCUCUGCAUGGGGUUAGUCCCAGUCUCUGUCACGCUCCAGCUCUUGAGGAAUAGUCUUUAGUCUAUUUAAAGCAACAUCUCUGUCCAAGCAUUAAAUACUAACAUGGUCCCUGUGUAUUCUAAGAUUUAAAUACAGUAAAUUUUGAAUCAUUUCGCACAUACACAUCUGUCAUGUGUCAUGUAACACUACAUUAUACAGCUCAUUUAACAUCUACAUACAGCAGUGUGUGUGGGAAAACUCCAGUUAUAUCAGAGAGGAUCAUAGAGAUUAAGCACAAGCAUUCUCCACAGCUGCUCUGACGAGUAUAAAAACUCCUCAGCCUUAAAGGCCCUGCACACCCGGACAGGUGUUUUCAAUUACUCUAUCCGAUUACACCUCUCAUCAGGUGCAAGUGUGGUGAAUGCUGGGAAUAAUGUGAUGAGACAAAUAAGAGACACUUGCACGAAGGUUAAACCUCUAAUUAUUUACUGAUAGACUGGCUGUCACGAGGUGUCCAUGUUCAUUUGGCUUAUUGUUGAGGGCCAAGUCAAAUAUGUCAGAGCUCUCAGAAAAAUCUUAGUUUCCUUCUCCUAACUGUGACUAUGGCUAUUGAAAUUAGAGCUACUGUACCUAAUUUCUUUUCAGCCACUAGAGGGUCUGGUGAGACCAAGCGACAACCUCCUAGGCUGAGAAAUGAAGCCACUGCAGAAGUGCUAAAACCUGCAGUUCCACAAAUGGCCACUUGAGGCUGCCUUCAAAAGGGAGUCAGUCCCCAUAAACUCUUAUGUUCAAGUUACAGCAGAAAUACACAUGUUUGUAGCCUAGUACAAAAAAGCGGAUUUGGUCUCUGUAGCUACAGUAAUUUCUCCCAUGACAACUAUACAGAGGGUGAAUGUUUAUAUAACGUGCUCAUUUAAAUUAUAUUGAGACUAAAAGGUACACAUAAGUAAGGGCAUGGCUGCUUUGAGUGACAGGCAGGAGAGUCCCACCAUAGGUGGCUAGCCGCUAGCUGUCUAGCAAGCUCCACUCUUGCUUCACCUUUAUGCCCUUUUGUGGAUUACACAUAUCAGGCAGAAUAAAGCACUACCAAUAUGGCAAUGACCAGACUUAAAAACUGCUCUUUACAAAACUAAUAGGUGACGUCAUGGUGGCUUUGUCCGUCUUUUAUAUAGAGUCAGUGAGAUUCAAAAUAAACUGACACCAUUAGCCACUCCCAACCAGAACCCUUAAGAUAGAAACAUUGCAACAGCAAGGGGUCAAAAAAAGUAUCGGGCCAAGUGAUUCAUGUAGAUUCAUUACUAAUUAAUUACUACUUUUAAUCACUUGAACAGCCAUGCAAACCAAUUGUUUGUUCUGUUGCUGUAGAUAGCUCAGCUAAUUUAGCUAGUUAGUUCAGUACCUAUUAUUAAAGUGACCUGUUAUAUGAGGAAGAUGGUCACAAAGGUUGUAAAACGUGUAUAAAUGCUUUGACACAUGUCUAACUUAAAAUGUCACAAGUAUAAUUAUUGCCAUAAAUUUAAACUUACUUGAGAAGACGGCAGCCAAGUCAAUGUAACUCUAUGGCACUGCGCCUGUUUGGAACUAUUCAGCAUCCCCAUAAUCCAGCAUUACUAAAGAAAAAACAUUUCUCAUAGAGUCAGUGGAGAUGUUAUCACUCUCCUUAAUCCACUCUGCUCCUAAGCACUCUUUGCCCCUCCCAUCAUGCCCUGUUUCCUAGAAAAGAUGAAAACUACUGAUGCCUGCUUGCAACAAACUGUACAAAAUGUAGCCCCCAGUCUGAAGCUAGCAUUAGCUGGCUGAGUAAAUUUGACAGUCCACUUGAACACUGGUUACUGUCACACAAAACUCUAAAGUUACACAAGAUUCGAAUUAUUCUCUAAUUAAAAUCAUACUAAUUUAAUAGAAAGAUAAAACCAUGACCAUGCCAGGUUGUUAAUGAUACCAAAACAAACACUUGAUACUGGUAUAAUGCAUCCAGAUGGAAGAACACCACAUGAGUCAAAUUUGAGCCAGUUGACUGUUUUUAACGCUCUCAAUCUAAAAAAAGCCAAACUGGUGUUAACUUGGGUUUUGCUCUUUCUUUAUCCCACUCUGUGCAAAAGAACAUGACCUCUUUGGUCUGGCAGCCACUCUUUCAGACUUUUUAACUGCUUAGAGGUCCUGGCUGGCAGUUUGAAAUGACUGUGGAUCAAAAAAAAUGCCUCUUAAACACUUCGCUAGGUGGCAGGUGGGGCUAAUUUACAGACUGUAUCUCGAAAGCACAGCAUAGAUAAGCUGGAGUAACAACAGAAACGCUUCAGGCAGCAGAGUGAAACUACAUCCUGUCCUCUUUUCACCUCAUAUAUCACUAUGUGUCAAAUCUUAGUUAAUGCUUCUUUACUGUUUUACAUGCCUGAAGCUGAACUAUGAUAUUACAUGAAUAGGUGCAACAAAACUACUGGACCUGUGAGUGAAAGUCAAGUAUAUCCAGUAGGUCUAUUCAGGUAGCAUACCGCAGUGGAAAGGCCUGUGUGGGUAGACACCUGAGUAUAGGGGGUUUAGCUGGCCUAUUAGCAGCCACAAUCGUUCACUAUAAGUUGAGAUGAAAUUCAUUGUUUGUCAGCAGAUACAUUUCCCACAGAGAUGGCCUCAGUGGUAGUUGAACUUCUGACCAUGACACACUCCAUCAGCAAAGAUGAUUUGAUCAAGUUAUGAGUUGACGGUGUUGGCCUGUGUUUGCCUGAGCUUUAAUUUGUAGACAGUCAGUGCAGCAAGUUCUGCUUUAUUCCAACCAGAAAACAGAAAAAACACACACAUUUGCUAUCUUAGUACCCUCUCUCUGUUUUAGUGGGAAUGCUGUGAGUAGAAAUGAAGAGUUUCUUUCUAAAUGAAUCAUUUCUACAUUUGCUUAAAUUACCUCUGGCAUGAUGAUAGAGUACAUUUUAUUAGUUUGCAGUCACCUUAAGUCAUUUGCUUAGAGAAUGGCUGUCUCAUGUGCAAGUUGAAUACAUUGGGCAGCAGAAAUGUAGGAGGAAGAAAAGGACAAAAUUUCAGAAUAAAACCAUUCAUGUGUCUACCGGUUCGGACAGUAUACUGUUCAUAACACUGGUGUUUUGUAUGUACAGUAUGUUAAUACAUAGACAAGGUGUGUAUAAACAGAUGUACAGGGUUGGUUUGUGGGUGAUAAACCAUAGAGAUGAAAUACGUCGCUGUUCUUACUUCAGCUAAAGCUAACAUGCUAUUCUGCUUGUGAAUUAAGCUCGCAGCACACCAUUCUCCCAUCUAGCCACAUACCGUAUGUAUCUAGCUACAUACUGUACUUGUCGUAGUGUGUACUUGCAGAGCGUGUAGACAAAGCAAGACACAAACACGCAUCAGUGCAUGUCUGCGGGGGAACUGAGAUUGAUUUCCUUCUUGUGGAGAAUUUUAUAAUUUUUUUUUAUUGUUUGGUCCAAAUUUUCUGUGAGCAAUGCACUUGUUUUUUCUCUCCUUUGUUUUUAAAUAUUAAUCAAUAUGAAUAGAAUGGAUAGACUGAGAAUUACAAAGCUGACAUUAUAAACAUACAAAUGAGAUUCUAUGUAUUUGUUAAAGUAGUUGGAGGUGCUUGCCUCUAUACAGUUAUACAUAGAAAGCUUUAUGUGUAUAUGGCUGCAUCUUCUCUUGUCUGUCCUGGAUGAUUCUUGUGCUGUUGUGUUACAAAACCGAUGUGACACCGGGGGGAACUGCAGUACGUUGACCUUGUGCCCCUUGACCCCUUCCCUAAGUUCUGACCACCCUCAUCCCCUUUACUCCCUUGCCACAUCCAACCUUCCCUACUUUUUGCCCCCUUAGCGUGAAGCAUUGUAAGAGUUUUGAGCUUUGUAAAGGUCUUUUUUUAAACACUUAUUUUGUGUAUAAUGUAAAACCUGAAAGUGUGUACUUUGGCAAAAGAAAUGUUUUGUGUCUGAAAUCCUAGCUUCAUUUAAACAAACAAAAAGUGCAACCAACAUUUACUAUAAGUAAUAUCAAAUGUUCUGCAGUAAGGAAGGACUUCUGGUGCCUUACAAAUAAAGUCAAUCAAAUCAUA